AUGACUAACACUGAAAGCAAUAAAGAAGACGGUGUUACUUGUCCAAUUUGUUUUGGUGAGUACACAUCAUCUGGUGAACACAGGAUAGCAAGUAUGAAAUGUGGUCAUUUAUUUGGAUAUUCUUGCAUUUUAGAGUGGUUUGGAAAGCGCAAAAUGGUUUUAUGUCCUGUCUGCUCUUCUAAAUGUUUAAAAUCACAAAUAAGACUUAUUUUUUCUUCUAGAGUUGUAGCUCUAAAUACAGAAACAGAACAUAAACUUGUAGAACAAUAUUUAAAUAAAUUUAAUGCUAAAAAUAAACUUAUAGAAGAAGUUAGUCGUCUUAAAACAGAAAUAGAUAUUUUAAAACUGAAUAAUAAAACAGAAUGUAACUGUAAAAGCUUAAAAAGAGAACUUUCUCUAAAGAUGGAUUUUUUUACUAAAAUUAAGGUUGAUGAAAUAUCUAAUACAAGUACUAUUCUUUACGAUGAACUUAACGGUUAUAUUUUAUUAUCAAUAAUUAGAGAUAAUGUGCCAUGUCUACUAAAAUAUUUUGAUUCUGGAAUAAUAUUAAAGAAAACAUUUAAUGAUUCUAGUCAUAUAUCUCAUAUGAAAUAUAUUGAUGGUAAUGUUAUACUGAGUAUAGGUAAAGUUGUAUAUAUUCUAAAUACUUAUAAUUCUAAUAUUAUUUUUGAAGAUAAAAUAGAAAAUAGGAUUGCGUCACUGGGUACAAAUGUAAAAAAUAGAAAUAAAUUAUUAAUAGGAGAUGAUCGAGGAAAUGUAAUAUUUUACACUUUGGGGUUUUCUAAAAGGGUUAUCAAAAUAUGUGAUGUACCUAUACAUUCAAUUUUUGAAACAGGAGGGUGUGUUUAUAUUGGUACAGUUUUCAAUGUUUAUAAAUUAACACUUAAUGUGGAGUGGGAUGACUUUGUACAAAGCGAAGAACCACCAGAAAUUGAUGUAUUAAAUUUUAAAAUAGAACAAAUGACAUGUGUAAAUAUUUUUGGUGAAGGUAAUAAUAUAAUAAUUGUAUUUAGAAAUAAACAUAACAAGAUUUUACAUUAUUUGAUUAAUGAAGAAAAUGAAAAAGUAAUAAAUUUGGGUUUAAAACAAUUUGUUAAAUACAAAGAAAUAUUUUUUAAGGGAUGUAUAUACAUUGUAGAUGAAACUAAUAAUAAAAUAAUAGUGUUAGGAGAUAAUUAUGAAAAACAAACAGAAUAUUCAGUAAAUGAAAAAAUAAUAAGUUUUGAUGUAAAAUCAGACAUAUUGCUUAUUCUUACCAGACAAUUUAUAUAUGUUUAUAAGUAA